GCAUAGUCCUUGUGUGGGUAAGAGUGACGCGCGGCUGCCGGUUAACUGGUUACUUUUUUGUUUGUUUUUGUGUAAUCAGAUUAUUUGCAAACCGAUCGGGAAGAUGUCUAAACCACUGUCAGACCACGACAGGAGGAAGCAGAUUUCGGUGCGAGGGCUCGCGGGCGUGGAAAAUGUGGCGGACCUCAAGACAAAUUUUAACCGGCAUCUGCACUUCACAAUGGUGAAGGACCGAAAUGUGGCGAUGAAACGGGAUUAUUACUUCGCUCUUGCCCACACCGUCCGUGAUCACCUAAUUGGAAGGUGGAUCCGAACACAGCAGCACUACUACGAAAAAGAUCCCAAACGUGUUUACUACAUUUCCUUGGAGUUCUACAUGGGCCGAACCCUGCAGAACACCAUGGUAAACCUGGCGCUGGAGAAUGCCUGCGACGAGGCCACGUACCAGCUCGGCCUUGACAUGGAGGAGCUGGAGGACAUGGAGGAGGAUGCUGGCUUGGGAAAUGGAGGCUUGGGACGUCUGGCGGCCUGUUUUCUGGACUCCAUGGCAUCACUGGGGCUGGCGGCCUACGGCUAUGGCAUCCGCUAUGAGUUUGGCAUCUUCAACCAGAAAAUCUGCAACGGCUGGCAGGUGGAGGAGGCAGACGAUUGGCUGCGCUACGGCAACCCCUGGGAGAAGGCGCGCCCCGAGUACAUGCGUCCCGUCCACUUCUAUGGCAGAGUGGAGCACCAUCCAGAUGGGGUCAAAUGGGUUGACACUCAGGUAGUCUUGGCCCUGCCUUACGACACCCCCGUCCCCGGGUACAGGAACAACGUGGUCAACACCAUGAGGCUGUGGUCUGCCAAGGCACCCUGCGAGUUCAACCUGAAAGACUUUAACAUCGGCGGCUAUAUCCAGGCUGUGCUGGACAGAAACCUGGCUGAGAACAUCUCCCGUGUGCUGUACCCCAAUGACAACUUCUUCGAGGGGAAGGAGCUGCGUCUGAAGCAGGAGUACUUUGUGGUGGCCGCCACCCUUCAGGACAUCAUCCGCCGCUUCAAGGCCUCCAAGUUUGGCUCCAAGGAAGUCGUGCGUACGGACUUCACUGCCCUGCCCGACAAGGUUGCCAUCCAGCUGAACGACACCCACCCCGCCAUGGCGAUCCCCGAGCUGAUGAGGAUCCUGGUAGACGAGGAGAAGCUGCCCUGGGAUAAGGCCUGGGACAUCUGCAAUCGCACCUGCGCCUACACCAACCACACUGUCCUGCCCGAGGCGCUGGAGCGCUGGCCCAUCGACCUCUUCCAGCACCUGCUGCCCCGGCACCUGGAGAUCAUCUACGAGGUCAACAGACGCCACAUGGAGCGUGUCGCUGCUCUGUACCCCGGUGAUUUCGACCGUAUGCGUCGCAUGUCCCUGAUCGAGGAGGGCCCUCACAAGACGGUCAACAUGGCGCAUCUGUGCAUCGUGGGCUCCCACGCCGUCAACGGUGUCGCUCGCAUCCACUCUGAGAUCCUCAAGGCUACUGUAUUUAAGGACUUCUACGAGAUGGACCCCGACAAGUUCCAGAACAAGACCAAUGGCAUCACCCCACGCCGCUGGCUGGUGAUGUGCAAUCCUGGACUGGCCGAAGUCAUCGCAGAGAGAAUCGGAGAAGACUUUGUCCGUGACCUGGACCAGCUGAAGAAACUGCUGAAGUUCAUCAAUGAUGACGCUUUCAUCCGGGACGUCGCCAAUGUCAAACAGGAGAACAAGCUGAAAUUCGCUGUGCACCUACAAGAGCACUACAAGGUGGCGAUCAACCCCAACUCCAUGUUUGACUUCCAAGUCAAGAGAAUUCAUGAAUACAAGAGACAGCUGCUCAACUGCCUUCACAUAAUCACCUACUACAACAGAAUCAAGAAGGAGCCCAACAAGCAGUGGACCCCCAGAACCAUCAUGAUCGGUGGAAAGGCCGCCCCAGGCUACCACACCGCCAAGAUGAUCAUCAGGUUGAUCACCGCCAUCGGCGAAAUCGUCAAUAACGACCCCGUGGUGGGCGACCGCCUCAAAGUCAUCUUCCUGGAGAACUACAGGGUGACGCUGGCAGAGAAAGCCAUCCCCGCGGCCGACCUGUCGGAGCAGAUCUCCACCGCCGGCACGGAGGCCUCUGGCACCGGCAACAUGAAGUUCAUGCUGAACGGCGCCCUCACUAUCGGCACCAUGGACGGCGCCAACGUGGAAAUGGCGGAGGAGGCCGGCGAGGACAACCUCUUCAUCUUCGGCAUGAGGGUGGAGGACGUGGACGCUAUGGACGCGAAAGGGUACAAUGCUAGCGAGUACUACAACAGCAUCCCUGAGCUGAAGCAGGCCAUCGACCAGAUCGCGGGGGGCUUCUUCAGCCCCAAACAACCCGACCUCUUCAAGGACAUCGUCAGCCUGCUGAUGCACCAUGACAGGUUCAAGGUGUUUGCUGAUUACGAAGACUACAUCAAAUGCCAGGAGAAAGUCAAUGCGCUGUACAAGAACCCCAAGGAAUGGACCAAGAUGGUGAUCCAUAACAUUGCCGGCUGUGGCAAGUUCUCCAGCGACCGCACCAUCGCCGAGUAUGCCCGAGAAAUCUGGGGCGUGGAGCCCAGUCUGGAGAAGCUCGCCGCCCCCGAUGAAGUGCAUUAGCCUGCCCUGGCUCCGCCUUAACACCACCCGAUCUGCUUAACAGAGUCCUGGAAAUUCAACUUUAAAUAAAGCAACUAAAGUAAAAAAAAAAAAAAUUUUCAAAAACAAAUAAAAAAAGAUAUAAAAGCACACCCCUGAUGUUGAUGUAGAUUUUGCUUGCGAGAAACCUGACCACAUUUCCCUAGGCCUGUAUGUGAAAAUAGUGACCCCUGACUUAGAUUAGUCUUCCAUGGAGGUGUGCCUCAAUUAAUCUUUCCGACCCAUGUGCCCUGUCAAUGUAUAAGCUCCCAUAGUUGCCCAACGGACAGUCUGGCCCAUUCACCGUCUGGAGUCUGCGUCCUUUCACCAAUAAUCAACUUCUGAUGUCACGCCUCCCUCAGAUUUCUCUCUAAAUGUACGUCACCAGAAGCCUGAGGUGACAGCCUAAUUUCCCUUGGCCCUCUGCCUCUUCCACCUGGCUCCCUUAUGGGUACCUCUGGAAGCAGUCCGCCAAUCCGUGACUGUGGAAAGAAAACCCAGCCUGGGACACUUACGGCAACGUCCUGUUUAAGAGCACGCGGGGUGUGAAUCUGGGGGAGAUGCCUGACUGCUCUUUUGUGAUCGUGUCUGUCAGAGGCCAGACCCUCGGUUCUGAGUUUCAUGCUGGUCACCAGGUUCACUCUCAGUUCUGCCGAAUGCCCGUUGUGUUGCUAACCCUUCACUGAAAUAGGGCUGCAGUGUGAGAGCAUGUGGAAUGAGCUCAGAGCACACGUGAUGCGUUUGGUCAGGGAAGCAGUUACUAUCAUUGCUCAGGCUAGCCUGCCUUCUAGUUAUCACACAAAGCUUGUGCCUCCUGAAUUCAUACUCUUCCGUCUGAAAGAAUCUUGAGUUUUGGUUGGCCAGUGCGGAGAGUGGGCUGCUGGGAAUUGUAGUCAGGACCGGUGGCUUUUACCAUGAUGAUAUGCUGCGGGUGUUUUCAAAUUUUAGCUUCUUUGACAUAAAAGCACGAAGUGUGAAACCUCCAGGGUCUUGUUUUUUACCCCCAUACCCAUGUUAAUUAGUUAUGUCUUAUGCCCAAGUAUGUUUUCCUCAGAGUAGGUGAAUAUCAUCACUUUUUCCGUACACUGUUGGCUGUUCUAAAUGGCAAACAUGACAACUUUAUCUCCAAGAAGCAAAUUGUCCAACAUUGUCCAGGAAUGGGUCCGGGGACAUUCUGUGUGUGCGUGUGCGUGUGUGUGUGUGUGUGUGUCUGAUUGUGCGCUUGUUUUUACUCGCACUGUGUGUCUGUGUCUGCCUCUUGCCAUUCCUCUGUGAUUGGGUGGCUGGGUGGGGGGCAGAUGUUGGGUUGACUGUCCUACUGUCCUAGAAACAGACAGAGAGAGGGAUGAAGAGCCCUCAGCUUUGCCCACAAAUCCUGGUGCCUCAGUGACAGAGCUCGUCAGUCCAAAAAAUUAAAAAAAACAAACAAAAAAACAAUAAAGAUAAAACAGCUGA